AGUAGAUAAUGGGAUAAGGCCAUAUCGAAAAAAAAAAAGACGUUUAACUUGUCAUAUGUGCGUCGUCUGUCACCUAAGUAUUCAAAUUAAAAAUGUCUUUUAUAUCUCUACCUCUAGUAUAAAUAAAAACAACCACAGUAAAAGCUCGUUAAGUAGAUUAGUAGAUCCAAUAAAGAGUUCUCAAGAAAAUAGAUGAAUUACCUCAGAAAAUAACUCUUGCGCUUAAAAUGUCUUCAAAAUCAGAAUCACUUAGAAACCUAUCUCCCCUGGCAAAACGAUUACGAAAAACACAAUCUUCUAAGGACUAUCAGAAGCUAGAUGUUUGGUUAAGUAAAAAGGGAUUAAUACAAUCUCCAAAGCAUGCAAACAAUAAACAAGAAAAUGAUUGUUCCCCUCUUAAAUUACCGGAAACUAAUAAAGCAGGAAAUACUAAAAAACACUCAUUAAAUCAAUCUAUAGAUAGUCCAAACACUGGUCACAAAGAUAGUAUUAAAGAGGUAAAAUCGAAGUUAUCAAGUAGAAGUACAAAUUCGAAUACUAGGAAGAGGAAUAUUAGUAGAGAAAAAAAUACAAAAUCUUCCUCUCAAACGUUAAACAAAACAGAAUCGCCUGAGAAUAUAUCUAUCAGAUCUAGAUUACAUAAAAGUAAGAGCCCUCAACUUAAAAAAACCUCCAAAUCACCUAUACAAAAUUACAAAAAAGUUGAAACCAACACAAUUUCUCCAAAGACUGCUAGUAUUAAGGAAAAAGUUAUCAAAACUCCAAAAAAUUUAAGAAGUAGGAAUAAAACAGAAGAUAGCAAAGAAAAGAUUGCAGAAACUGUACAGAAGAGUUCCUCUGGCAAAACAAAACCUUUUAAAAGAUACAAUUCUUCAGACAGUUGUGAACUACCUAGUUUUGCUAACAUGUUAAACAAUAAAAGCAAAAAAAAUAAGAAAAUUACGACUACAAAAAAGGAACAGAAAGCCCUUUUCCAAAAAUAUGGUGUACAUGUACCUACAGUUGAUGAAAUUCUUAGAGAUAAAGAACGUCUUGAAAAAGAUAAACAAAAGUUAGCACAGUUUGUUCCUAUGAAUGAUGAUAGCUUACUAUUUGAACCCUUUAUAGAAGAAGCACCUCAAGAAAAAGAAAAUAUAUUACAUUGUAAGGAUUUGACUAAUGAACAGUUAUUAAAAUCAUUUAAAAAAAAUAGGAAAUAUCUUAAUAGUAUUAUUAGUGGGAAAAUUAAAAAUGAACGUCAUGAUAAAUACUUUGAUAAAAAUAGGGUAAUAACAAAUUCUUUUUCCGAUUUAACAUAUAAUACUAGUACAAUAGUGUUUACCUUUGAACAAAACGAGUAUUUAAUUGAUCUGUUACAAGAGGCUUUUGACCCUGAAGAUAAAAAAACUCAGUAUUUUUUUCAAGUUCUGUUGCCUGAGCUUUGUUUGAAAAUUUUUAUGGAAAAACACAAAAUGAACUAUGAUGUAGCUGUUAAGCAUUUGGAUAAACAACCAAUUCUUGACAACUAAAUAUACCUUUUAUUGUCCAUUU